AUGUCUUUGUUAAAGCCAGAGGAGCAGCUAGUCCUUGAGCUCAGCUGCCCGAUCUGCCUCCAGCUCUACUCUGAUCCAGUAGUGCUCCCCUGUGGCCACAACUACUGCCGAGCUUGCAUCCGCAUGACUGCUGACCCCACAGACAAGAGUGGGAUACUUCCACGGUGCCCAGAGUGUCGUGAGGAGUAUCAGGGUAUGGAUUCCCUCCAGAGAAACUUCAAACUCUCCAACAUCAUUGAAGGUUACCGAGCAUCCGCACCACAUCUGGACAGGCAGUCGGAGACAGAUUUAGAGGAGACGGUUUUCUGCGACCACUGCAUAGAUGAGCAGUCCCUGGCCGAGAAGACGUGUCUGAAGUGUGAGGUGUCAUUGUGCUCCAGGCACCUUCAGAAACACCAGGAGAAAGAGUCCUUCAGGGCUCACACUGUGGUGGAGCCACUGAACCAGCUGGGCAUGAAGGGCUGUGCCAUCCAUCGCCGGCCACUUGAGUACUUUUGUUCCACUGACAUGACCUUACUGUGCACCACAUGCUUUGCAGAAGGCCAGCACCACAACCAUGACGUUCUGACCUUCUGUGCGGCCGAAGAGGAGAUGAGACGAGCGCUGGAGAGUCGCAGUAAGGUGGUUUCCAGCCGACUGCAGAUGACAGAGAGUCUAUUACAGCAGACAACAGAGGAGCAGGGAGCUUCUGAAGCUAUUGGGGACAAACUGGUCAACAAGGCUGUCACAGUCAUGGACAGUAUGGCUGCACUAGUGGACAGGCACAGGGAUCGUCUGGGUAUGCUGUUGGAGGAGGAGAGAGGGCAACGCAGAAAAAGCUGGCAGCUUGGAGUGAAUGUACUGGAAGAGCAACAGCAGCAGCUGCUGGAGGCCCAGAGGAGUGCCGCAGAGGCCCUCAGUGAGACAGACACAUGCCUCUUUAUACACAGGUUCAUGCUGAUCGAACAAAGGCUGAGAAAAGUGGUCACAGGGACCGUGGCUGCCAAAAUCCCCUCAAAGGCUCCACUCAACACCAAGCGUCUUCAGGCAGGCCUCAAAACCCAAGACUUCAAAUCAGAAAUGACUCGCCUCCUAGAGUCUCUUCACAUGCUCCUAAACCCUCUAGAGCUCACAUUCAACAUCUGCACUGCCCACCCCAGCUUGUUGGUGUCCAAUGACCUGCACACCGUCAAGUACAGCUCCACCAAGCAGCCAUACAUGGAGCACGCAGAGCGCUUUACGAGUGCACCUCAGAUCCUGUGCAGCCAGGGUUUCUCAGGUGGUGUGCACAUAUGGGUGGUAGAAGUAGGGGCCAACAGCAUGUGGUCCUUAGGUGUGUGCUACAAGAGCAUCCUUCGCCGUGGUGACCACAGUCGUCUAGGUCACAACUCCGUGUCCUGGAGGUUGCAGUGGAAGAACAGCAAGCUGACAGUGUGUCAGUCCUCCAGUAAUGUGGUCCUGAGGGAAACGACCGGUCAUCCCAUCAAGAUUGAGAUAGCGCUGGAUUAUGAAGGGGGGACGUUAACGUUCCACAGCAUCAAGGAGUACAGGGAGCAUCUCCACACCUUCAGAGCUGUGUUUAGGGAGCCGGUUUACCCAGCGUUCAGUAUUCAUUCAAACACAGCAGACUCCUGGAUCACACUGCACAGUGAGAUGUGAGCAACUCCUACUGUUUGUUAUCUCCUAUAGAACCUAAAACUUUGCUUUGUUUUUGAACUUUUGUAUUUCCAGUGCAUUCAAGUGCAAUGCCAUUCUAAAGAAGUAGCUUGGAAAUGUAAUGUUGUGUAGCUGUUCACUGCCACAGGUAACACAAUCACAACAAUUUUAGGAAAUAAUCAUUCAGAAUAUUU